AUGACCGCCACCACCACCAACACGACCAAUGGCCACGAUGCGGGCGUCGUUCAGCGCCGCAGUGAUGAAUGCAACAUCCGCUUGAUUGCCUGGGAUCCCACCAACGAGGAGCAUUUUGAGCGGAUGGUCCAGCAGAGACUGAGCUGCGGAUGGGACUCGGAUGCCGUGGGUGUGUGGAAGAAGAAGCUGCUUGACGGCAACAAGUUUAUGUACUGGGUGGUUCUCAAGGACGAGUAUGCAGAGAGACAGACGCUGCUUGAUGCACACGACCAACUCUAUCCCAAGGAACGGGCGCCCAUCAAAGACACAGCCACCGUCCUCGGCAACUCGCCCCUCGCACCAACUCACCAGAGCUUUGUGCCCAUUGGCCAUGUUGCCAUUGACAGGUACCCGGAACGCAACGAGGUGUUUGGCAUCGCCAUGAGCACCAUCUGGAUCAAGUCCUUGUACAUCUCAAAGGCCAUGCAGACGAGCGGGCUGGGCAUCCAAACGAUGCGAGAGACAGAGCGAGUAGCCUGUCUCCCGCCGCUCAACGCCUCAGCGCUCGCCCUGGACACAACGCUGGGCGUUGCGCAAAAGUCCGAGGCGGCCAUGAAGGCCUUUUACGACGAUGUUGGCGCGCCGCGGCCCAAGAAGAUGCGCUCCAACCAGGAGUGGUACACCAAGCAGGGAUAUACGCUUAUGGACGUGCCUGAGACUGAUUCGCCGCAUGUGUUUACGCAUUAUAUGAAUGAGUAUGGUAAGGGAGACUUUGUGCUGCCCACGGUGUGGAUGUACAAGGCGAUUCAAUAA